AUGACGCCUCCUCUUCCACGGAGCCAGGCUUGCAAAAAGCGGCUACUACUCUGUGUAGAGUUCGAUCUACCGGAGCGACGAUCUAUGCGAGUGCGACGCUUCUACGGAUCGACGGUUGCCAUCCUGUUGCCACUUUGUUUGUGUUUCGAGUUGUUGCCAUUGUGGCUCUUUUUGGCGGCGGUCACUGGGAUGAAUCGAAUCAUUCACCUCGACGACCGUGGUUUAAGUUUGGAACGAGUUUUGCCUGACCCGGUGCCACCGGUACCGGUACCUUAUUACGGUAAAAGAAUGUGGAAAUUGUGGAAUUUAGAACUUAGAAUUGAGAAGCAAGAUUAA